AUAAAACCAAUAAAGUAACGCCGUUGUGAAGAGGAAGCCGAACUCCUACAUAGCCUGGACAUAAACAGCAGCAGUCGAGUGGGUACGGUGUAAUAUCUGAGCUGCUGCUUGCUCCCUACACGUCCCUCAAGCCCCGAGCCACCGCCACACACGUCCAGCCCACAGCCUGGUGUCCAGUACUGCAGCAGACCUUCUACCCACACAGCAUGUCUAGUAUGGAAGUGGAUGAGGAGGUGGGAAAAGAGGCAGGUCCCUCCACCUCCUCCUCCCUCCCUCAGGCCCCACUGGAGGCCUUCCCUGCAGCACCAACAGAAUCCAGCUUAAGUGCAGCCCCCACCUCCCCACUGCCACCCACUCCUGCAGCAGGUGGCAGCAGCAGCAGCAGCAACACUGCUACAGGUGGUGUGGGGCUGGGCAUCAGUGAGGGUGCAGGCGGCAGCAGCAGCACCAAUGACAGUGGCACAGAGUCAGUGAUGGCAGCGGCAGGCACGGUGGGCAGCGUGUCAGUGUCCCUGCACCCAUUAGUCAUCCUCAACAUCUCGGAGCACUGGACGAGGCAGCGAGCCCAGGAGGGUCGGCCAGUGCAGGUUCUGGGAGCCCUGAUAGGCAAGCAGACCGGCCGCCACGUGGAGAUAAUGAAUUCCUUUGAGCUGAGCUAUGACGAGCUGGACGGACACAUCAUCAUCAACCGAGAAUACUACACCCUCAAGGAGGAGCAGUACAAGCAGGUGUUUAGCGACAUGGACCUGCUGGGCUGGUACACCACCGGGGACACACCCGGCCCUCCUGACCUGCUGGUGCAUAAGCAGAUCUGUGACUUGCUAGAGAGCCCAAUCUUCCUCAAGCUGAACCCUAUGGCACGCCACACUGAUUUGCCAGUGAGCAUCUAUGAGAGUGUGCUAGACUUGGUGAACGGGACCUCCACCAUGCUGCUGGUGGAGCUGCAGUACACGCUGGCCACUGAGGAGGCAGAGCGCAUCGGGGUGGACCAUGUGGCUCGCAUGUCUUCCCACGACACUCAGGAGAGCUCCCUUGUGGCGGAGAACCUGCAGGCCCAGUACAGCGCCAUCAAGAUGCUGGCCAGCCGGGUGCGUCUCAUAGCAGAGUAUGUACGGGCCAGCCAGCGCGGUGAGGUGGAGUUCAACCAUGAAAUUCUACGGCAAGUCAACGCCCUUGCCCAUCGCCUGCCAGUGCUCAACAGUGACAAGUUUAGAGGAGAAUUUUAUAAUCAAUGUAAUGACGUGGCACUGAUGUCAUACCUCGGCACCAUCACCAAGUGUUGCAACACCAUGAACCGCUUCAUCAAUCGCUUCAACCUGCUGCACGAGCGGUUAGCCAUGGGCCGCAGGAUGCGCGGUCUCUUCUUCUGAGAGUUACUGGAUCCGGACUAACUGGAGUUGUUAAGGUUUACGGAAGGCGUGGCAGUGGUGGACAACUUACCUCACCUUGAACCAAAAUGAUUGACUGAUGGCAGGCAGUGUCUUACAUAAUAAUGUGUUAAAGUAUUGUAUAGGAGUAUUUGUGGCACUUUUUCCAAUAUUAAGCGUAGAAUACUUAGUAUGUCAUUUACAUUAAUCUGUAUUUAUGAAAUGCUCCUCAAGGUUAUAAAGCUUGCAAAUUUCAUUAUGGAAUUCAAUUCUUGCAGAUUGCAAAAAAGUAAAUGUUUAACUCGCUGCAUCAAGUGUUUUGAUUAAUUUUGUGUUCUUUUUGUGUAUACAUUGUUCAGACUAUGCAGGUUAAAUCAUAACACCGUACUGUUUUGUUCAAUAAAAAAAGUGAAAAGCAGUUGUACAUAGUUUUAGAACAUCCUGCUGGGUAGGUAAGUAUCACCAGCACUGUGGACCAGUGUACACCUUGCACACCAAAGGUAGACACUGCCAUUGACCAGCACACCAGCCAACCCUCUCACUCGGCACAUUGCAGUGCACUCUGUGUCUGUGUAGCCUGGCCACCAGGCAAGUUCUCUAUCUUGGCUUGUAUGGAUGACAAGUACUCAUCAAUACUAUGACCCAGCUCAUUUGGGAUCAGGCAUCAAACCAAACCCUGUUGUAACAUACACUACACCUCAUUUCUAAUUAAAAAGGAACUCAUA